ACCAAUUGCAACAUCCUCUGCGCGCAAAACCCAAGACUUUCGCGCUCUCUGGGUGUUGACGUUACGGCGCUUGCAUCACCCUCCGUCUAUACAUCCAUGGCCACCGUUGCCCAGCACUAUCCGACGUCGACCCCUUCUCGAUCAAAUACUCGUGGCAUGGAAACAAGCCGGGGCGCACCCGUAUCUGGAUCCGCACCCAUGGCUCCCGCACAGCAUGCCCCUCCUCCCGCGAAGAAAGGGAAGGCGAAGAAGGCAGCGGACCCUUCGGAGCAGCAGAAGCAGAUCCAGGCGAAAAUAGCCCAGUUGGAGCAGGAUGCUGCUGGAGAUAAGGAGCAGGAGCUAGAAAUAGAGCGCGAAGUGAAGAAGGCCAAUCGCGAGCUUUCUUCCCUCUUGAGCAAUAUGGACGGUCCGCUGACACGACUUGAGGUGGUUCAGAAACGGUACACUGAACUGCUGUCCGACAUGAAGCGCACCGAACGUGAACAUCAAAAGGCAAAGAAACGGGGCGAUCAGCUUCAGAAAGAGAAGGAUGCUUCAAGGUCAGAGCUCAAUAAAGUCACCACUAUGAAAGACAAGCUGGACAAGUUAUCUCGAGAUUUUGCCAAAGAAAACAAAAAAUUGAAGGAUGAAUUGCACAAGUUGGAGACCAGCGAAUCAGCCGCCCGGGAAGACUUGCAUGACCGCCUUACAAGAAUGGUCUUGGAUGUAGAACGAUGUAUCACUGCACAAAGCCAACCGGAACCCCAAAACCAGGUCGACAUGGAGCUGGAUGAAGUGUUCCGUCAGAAAUUCAAAUCUUUCAUCGAUCAGUAUGAGCUCCGCGAGCUACAGUUUCAUUCCCUCUUGCGGACCAAAGAGCUCGAAAUACAAUAUCAAAUGGCCCGGCUCGAACAGCAGCGAAAGCAACAGGAGGCCGAGUCAUCCAAAUCCCAUCAGCUUACUCGACAAGUAUCCACCUUCUCUCAGACGGAGACGGAGCUGAGAACCCAGUUGAACAUCUAUGUCGAGAAGUUUAAACAGGUCGAAGAAACACUGAACAACUCCAACGAUUUAUUCCUUACUUUCCGCAAGGAGAUGGAAGAGAUGUCGAAGAAAACCAAACGCCUUGAAAAAGAAAAUGCUACCCUGCUCAGAAACAAAGAUGUUACCAGUCGAAAUAUUGCUGAGAUGGUGGACCAUCGGCAACGAAUGGAGGGGGAAUUGGCGCAGAGAGACAAGGAGAUUGAGGAUCAACGUAAGAAGAUCGCUCGGCUGGAAACACUGUGUCGAGGUAUGCAAGCACAGGGUCGCGGGCAAGUCCCAAUGAGCGAGCUAGAGGAAGAUGAAGAAAUUACAGAGAGCGAAUACGAGUACGAAGACGAAGAAGAUGACGGCAGCGGCGAAUAUGACGACGAUACCGAAGACGACGCAUUAGAAACGAUCCCCGCACGUCGGCCAUUUGGUCCUGUACCGCCGCCUCCUCCGCCGCCACAGACAUUACCUAAUGCUAGAGUCAAUGGACACAAACAGGCCAACGGGCAAGUCAACGGAGUCAAGCGCUAA